AUGAACGUUGUUCGCCGCCUCGGCCUGCGUGAAGACGACCUGAUACCAGUUACCAUGCGCAUGCACGCAGCAAACAACAACGGUAUCAAAAUAAUCGGUGCAGUGAUCCUGCGAUUCUCGGGACAAUCUACCUCUGGACAGUCCCUACAAACACGCCAAAUUGUCUAUGUCACACAUGACUCUGACAAGUUAUUCCUUAGCCGGGAAGCCUGUACAGCACUGGGAUUAAUCUCUUCCGCAUUUCCCACUUUUGGCGAAAUUCCCUGCCCAACCACGGACCCCGAGACAGCCUCUGCAACAGAAUUUCACCCACCAACGCAACCCAAACCCCCCAACGAAGCACCCAUUCCAUCCUGUGGUUGCCCACAUCGCAGAACACCACCACCUAAACCAACACACCUCCCAUUCUCAGCCACGGAAGACAACCGAAAACGCCUACAACAAUGGCUACUUGAUUACUACGAGUCAAGCACAUUCAACACCUGUGAGCACCAACCGCUACCCCUAAUGGAAAGCAUCCCCAUGCGACUCAUGGUUGACCCAAAUACAACACCUGUUGCCCACCACAACCCUGUCCCUAUCCCACUUCACUGGCAAGCAGAGGUGAAAGCUGGCUUGGACCAUGAUGUUGCCUUGGGUGUUAUCGAACCCGUACCUGUCGGAGAACCCGUAACAUGGUGCCAUAGGAUGGUCGUGUGUGCAAAGAAAACUGGGAAACCUCGCCGCACGAUCGACUUUCAAGCCCUCAACGGCUCAACGCUCAUGCAACCAGGGAGACCCACCACACUCAGAGCCCCUUCCACCAGGCCCGCUCCAUCCCAAGUAAUACCAAGAAGACAGUCUUUGACUGUUGGAAUGGCUAUCACAGUAUCCCACUACACAAAGACGACCAUCACCUCACAACCUUUAUCACACCAUGGGGCCGAUAUAGGUACAAAACUGCUCCGCAAGGCUAUAUAG